GCUUCCUGCCUGGGAACAGAGAGGCGGCCGCCAUGUUGCGUCCGGUGGUGCGGCUUGUUGCCCGGAUCGUCAGGGAUGGCCUUGUAGUCGCUCUGGCACCUGUUUCGGGGGCUAGGUCUCCGCGUUUCUCUUUCUUUUUUUGGAGAGCGCUUUCUAGAAGGUUUUAUUGGGAAGUGGAGGUCAAUGCAGAGUUGCAGAGUAAGAUGCCUUAUGGUGAAAUUGAAGUGAAAUCUUUGGGUCAUGGAGAAGAACUAACCAGUGAACCAUGCUACAAAAGAUUGAAAUCAACUGAAGAGGCUUAUGUUUUCUCCCAUCGCGGUGGAGCUGAUUUUCGCAGAGUCCGAGAGAAAACUGGAAAUGAUUGGGCCCCUGUAACCAUCCUUGAUUUCAAAGGAAGUAGUCACCCUCGGGAGGACAAAAGACAAACUACAGAUUUGUCGAAACCUUUGCAUGAUGUGAUGCCUCAAAACAGACCAGAUACUGUGGGAUGCAUUGAGUCACACGCUCUGAAGGGUGCAGGUCUUCCGCUAGCACCCACAGACGAUGGGGUACAUAGUACAAGUAAAGCAUUUAUAGGCCCCGUUUACAAGCCCCGUGAGGACGAUGGGGUAUAUAGUACGAGUAAAGCAUUUAUAGGCCCCGUUUACAAGCCCCCUGAGGACGAUGGGGUAUAUAGUACGAGUAAAGCAUUUAUAGGCCCUGUUUACAAGCCCCCUGAGAAGAAGAAAUGUAAUGAAAGAAGGAACCAGGCAGACACCAUCAAUGGUAUAAAUGGCAAAGGAGGACGAGAAGAGAAACACAAAUAUAACUCCCCAAAAUCAGAGAUUGACAGCGAAUUAUCCCAGUUCUACAAAGAAAUUGAAGAGCUUGAAAAUGAAAAGGGUGAUUGGGAAGACAGUUGCCAGGGGCCCGAACCCCCCCCGGAACAGCUUCCUCCACGUUACCAGGACCAUCACAGGGAUCCCUUCAGAUCUAAUGAGGAGAAAGGGCCACUCAGUAACAGUCCUCCGUCCCAGUGCGGUUAUCAGCAGGACUUGGGGAACAAGCCAGGCGAGUACCCCUGUGAUGGACAAGUAGUACCUCCAUUUUGUGAUAUUUCAUGUACUUCCUUCAGGCCGGAAUGGCAAUCAGUGCCUUCUUUUAUAGUACCCCGUGGUCCUCUUCCUCCUCUUCCCAGCUUUAACUGUCAUUUCGACACUCAGAGAUUUAAUGCCCCACCAAAUCCGCCGUCAGGUAUCUUCCACGUCCCGGAUGACCCCCAGCCCGGCAGUGGAUGUUAUGUAAAUAGUUGUCCCGAUAACUGGGCUUGUCCGACUUCCGGCCAGAACGACGAGUAUACCUUCUGUCCUGAGAAUAGCAGUAGUGUCCAUCGCCCUAGAAACGACUACAGCGUGCAUGAUGGACUUGUGAGCAACGGUUUCUGUGAAACCGGAGGAGAAUGGUGGAGAGACCCUCCCAUGGACCAGUGGGACAGAACAGACAUGUUUAUGAACCAACGGUUUCAAGAGGAAAAGCUGCAUAAACUGCAGAAGUUACUUAUCCUUUUAAGAGGCCUGCCAGGUUCUGGAAAAACAACGUUGUCUCGAAUUCUGCUUGGUCAGAGUCGUGAUGGCAUUGUGUUCAGCACUGAUGACUAUUUUCGCUAUCAAGAUGGGUACAGGUAUAAUGUUAAUCAACUCGGUGAUGCCCAUGACUGGAAUCAGAACAGAGCCAAACAAGCUAUGGCGCAGGGGCGAUCUCCAGUUAUAAUAGACAACACUAACACACAAGCUUGGGAGAUGAAACCAUACGUGGAAAUGGCCAUAGGAAAAGGAUACAGAGUAGAGUUUCAUGAACCCGAGACUUGGUGGAAAUUUGAUCCUGAAGAAUUAGAAAAGAGGAAUAAGCAUGGUGUGUCUCGGAAGAAGAUUGCUCAAAUGUUGGAGCGUUAUGAGUACCAAGUGUCCAUCUCCGUUGUAAUGAAUUCAGUGGAGCCGUCGCACAAAGGCACACAGGGCACGCAGCGACCUCCUCCUCCGCCCGGGAGGCAGAGGUGGGGAAGAAAUUUCAGUGGAAAGUUGAGUGCAUCUUUAUGGUACCUUUUGAAUUUGUAGGAUUUAAUAGGUACAUUAAGGAGCCCUGGUGGCACAGAAGUUAAGCGCUCAGCAGCGAACUGAAAGAGUGGUGAUUUGGAUGCACAUAGUGGCUCCACAGAAGAAAGACCUGGCAGUCUUCUCCCAGAAAGAUUCCAAAACCAAAAACCAAACCAAUUGCCAUCAAGUAGAUACCAGCUCAGAGCGACCCUAUAGGACAGAGUAGAACUGCCUCAUAGGGUUUCCAUGGAGCAGCUGGUGGAUUCAAACUGCCAACCUUUUGGUUAGCUGCCCGAGCUCUUAAUCACUGUGCCACCAGGGCACCCUAGAAAGAUUAUAGCCUAGAAAACCCUAUGGGGCAGUUGCACUGUGUCAUGUGGGGCCGCUAUGAAUCAAAAUUAACUGCAUGGAACCUGACGACGACGUAGAUUCGUUGAGUCACCAGUGAAGUUGAGUGAAGACAUGUAAAUGGCCAUGUAGAGUGCUAUUUUUUAAAGCCAAGAUUGAAAGAGACGUUUGUACCAUUUAAAGUUUAAGUGUCUUCCACAGGUUGUAAGUUGGUCGGAUACUCAUGUUUCAGUAACGUUUUCUCAGUGAAUUAUUUAUGUGUGCUGUGUUGCUUAAAUGUUAAAAUAUUUUCUGAUUCAAAUUAGCAUAUAAAAUGUGUACUGUUCAAUAAAUGAAUUGUUAAACUACAUAAGCUGUUUGUUUUGCUGACUAAUUUUCAGGCAGUAUUUCCUAAAAUAGGUCAAAACGACUUGUAAGUGGUCUUAAUUAUUUUUCUUCUGUAUCCACUUGGUAAGUGUGCUAGUAGUAGAUGUCAUAGAAAUUAUGUCAGUUUUCUCAAUUUCUGCAGAAAUAAAAGGUUUUUCUUUUUAUCUGUAGUAAGUGCAUCCUUUUUCUUUCAUGAUAUUUUGAAUUUGUUUUCCAGGCUUAAAGAACAGUGAAUACCCAGUUACAUAAGUUUGUUUCAUAUAUAAUAUAAUGAAUUAAACAAUUAGGUUCUACAAGGAAAGCCUUUAAGUACAAAAUGAAUGAUUUUUACUGUUGUUCAUUUGCCUGUUUUUUCCCCCCCAGGUUAAGUUAAAAAAAAUUAAAGAACUGGGUUUUUUAAUUUUUUUUUUUAAUUCUGUAGAGUAGUUUGUGUUUUCCUGUUUAUUUCUAAAUGUCUAACGAGAUGUAGAAUUUUUGUCAGAAUAGGGAAAGCUUCAUACAAGAAGAAAUGGCUCCCUGAAGAGAUGAGCAGUUUCAGCUCAGGAAUCUGGAAAGCAGCAAGUACAUCAUGGGGUAGAGAUGGCAGAAAUACAGUGUAAUGUAACACCAGCAAAAAUGGGAUUUAAAAUGUUAUACGUAGAAUAUAAGCAAAUUUGAAGAACUUGCAGAAAGUUGAUAGGAGAUCUGGACUUUUUUUUUUGGACGGGGGCUGGGGGUAGCUUAUAAGAACAGAAAUUUAUCAUCUCACAGUUCUGGAGGUUAGAAGUCCAAAAUCAGGGUGUAGGCAGGACCACACUCUUUACAGAGGCUCUAGGAGAAGAUUCUUUCUUGUCCCCAGCUUCUGGCAGCCCCAGUGUUCCUUGGCUUAUAGCAACAGCAUAAUUCUUUGAUCACAAAGCUUCUUCCAGACAGCCUCUUCCUUGUGUCUCUGUGUGUCUUCUCUUUUAUAAGGACACCACUCAUAUUGGAUUAGUACCCACCCUACUCCAGUAUGACCUCAAAUUGACAGACAGCAUCUUCAAAGACCCCAUUUCCAAACAUGAUUGUGUUUACAGGCACUGGAAGUUAGGACUUAUCUUUUUAGGGGACACAAUUCAGCCUGUGACAGCCAUCACUCAGGGAGAGGGGGAAGAGCCCAUGUGUCAGAAUCCAUGCUUCUGAAUGCUGUUCUGAGUGGUCCAGGUACCUGACGUUUUUAAUUAAUUAAAAAGGAAUGAGAAAACAUAUAUUUCAAAUUCUGGGGAAUGAUAGGAAACAAAUUGUUGGGCUAGAAGGAUAGUAAUCAAAAGUGGUAUUUCUCCUGUCCCAUCUUCCCUUUGCAGUUUAAAGAGCCCUUUGCAGUUUAAAGAGCAGUAGAAGCUCUUGAAACAUUGACCUUAAUGACGUGGGUGGAAUAAAGCUUUUGGGACCUUCAUUUGCUGAUGUGGCACAACUCAAAAUGAGAAGAAACGGCUACAAAAAUAAUAAUUGGAGUGUGGAAUGUACAAAGUACGAAUCUAGGAAAAUUGGAAGCUGUCAAAAAUGAAAGGAAUGCAUAAAGAUUGAUAUCCUAGGCAUCAGUGGGCUGAAACGGACUAGUAUUGGCCAUUUUGAAUCGGUCAGCGUUAUGGUCUACUGUGCCAGGAAUGACAAAGAAGAAUGCGUUGCAUUCACUGUCAAGAAGGACAUUUUAAGAUCCAUCCUGAAGCACAGCACUGUCAGUGAUAGGGUAAUAUCCAUACAUCUACAAGGAAGACCAGUUAAUGUGACUGUUGUUCAAAUUUAUGUACCAACCGCUCGCUAAGGCCAAAGAUGAAACUGAAGACUUUUUACCAACUUCUGCCAUCUGAAAUUGAUCAUAUAUGCAAUCAAGAUGCAGUAAUAAUUGCUGGUGGUUGGAAUGUGAAAGUUGGAAACAAAGAAGGAUCAGUAGUUGGAAAAUAUGGCCUUGGUGAUAAAAACGACACUGGAGAUCACAUGUGGGAACUUCGCAAGACCAACAACUUAUUCAUUGCAAAAAGCUUUUUGCAACCACAUAAAUGGUUACUAUACACGUGGACCUCACCAGAUGGAAUACACGGGAAUCAAAUGGACUAUAUCUGUGGAAAGAGGGAGAAGUUCCGUAUCAUCGAGGCCAAGGGCCAACUGUGGAACAGACCAUCAAUUGCUCAUGUGCAACUUCAAAUUAAAGCUAAAGAAAAUUAAAGCAAGUCCCCAAGAGCCAAAGUACAACCUUGAGUCUAUCCCACCUGAAUUUAGAGACCAUUUCAAGAAUAGAUUUGACACAAAGAAUACCAUUGACUGAAGACCAGACGAGCUGUGGAAUGACGUCAAGGACAUCAUGUAUGAAGAAAGUAGAAAAGUCAUUAAAAAGACAGGAAAGAAAAGACCAAAAUGGAUAUCAGAAGAGACUCUGAAACUUGCUCUUGAAAAUAGAAUAGUUAAAGUGAUUGGAAGAAAUGAAGUAAAAGAGCUGAACAGAAGAUUUCAAAGCAGCUCAAGAAGACAGAGUGUAAUGAAAUGUGAAAAGACUUGGAGUUAGAAAACCAAAAAGCAAGAACAUGCGUGGCAUUUCUCAAGCUGAAACAACUUAAAAAAUUCAAGCUUCGAGUUUGCAAUGUUGAAGGAUUCUAUGCAGAAAGUAUUAAACGAUGCAGGAAGCAUCAAAAGAUGGAAGGAAUACACAGAGUCAUACCAAAAAGAAUUGGUUGAUGUUCAGCCAUUUUGGAGGUAGCAUAUGAUCAAGAACCAAUUGUAUUGAAGAAAGAAGCCCAAGCUGCACUGAAAGCAUUGACAAAAAACAAGCCUCCAGGAACUGAAGGAGUACCAAUUGAGAUGUUCCAACAAAUGAAUGCAAUGCUGGAGGUGUUCACUCAUUUAUGCAAGGAAAUUUGGAAGACGGCUACUUGGCUAACCGACUGAAAGAGAUCCCUGUUAGUGCCCAUUCCAAAGAAAGAUGGAAAUUAUCAAACAAGGUCAUUAAUAUUACACACAGGUAAAAUUUUGCUGAAGAUUGUUCAAAAGCAGCUGCAGCAGUACAUCAACAGGGAACUGCCAGAAAAUCAAGCCAGAUCUAGAAGAGGAUGUGAAACUAGGAAUAUCAUUGCUGAUGUCAGAAGGAUCCUGGCUGAAAGCAGAGAAUACCAGAAAGAUGUGUUUUAUUGACUAUGCAAAGGCAUUUGACUGUGUGGAUCGUAACAAAUUAUGAAUAACAUUGCAAAGAACGGAUGUUCCAGAACACUUAAUUGUGCUCCUGAGGAACCUGUACAUAGAUCAAGAGGCAGUUGUUCGAACAGAACAACGAGAUACUUUGUGGUUUAAAAUCAGAAAAAGUGUGUGACAAGGUUGUAUCCUUUCACCAUAUGUAUUUAAUCUGUAUGCUGCGCAAAUAAUCCAAGAAGCUGGACUAUAUGAAGAAGAACAAGCAUCAGGAUUGGAGGGAGACUCAUUAACAACCUGCAAUAUGCAGAUGAUACAAUCUUGCUUGCUACUAGCAAAGAGGACUGGAAGCAUGUACUGAUGAAGAUCAAGGACUACAGCCUUCUGGAUGGGUUAUACCUCAACAUAAAACAGAAAUCCUCAGAACUCGGGAGUAAGGAAGAAUGAAGAAAACUAAAGAUACAAGGGAAAGAUUAGUCCAGAGGAGUAAUGGACCACAUCUAUCACGGUCUCCACCAGACUGAGCCCAGUACUAGAUGGCGUCUGGCUACCACCACUGAUUGCUCUGACAGGGAUCACAAUAGAGGGCCCCAGACAGAGCUGAAGAAAAAUGUAGAAAAAAAAUUCCUAACAAAAAGAAAAGACCAGACUUGCUGGCCUGACAGAGUCUGGAGAAAUCCUGAGAGUAUAUUCCCUGGACAUCCUUUCAGCUCAUUAAUGAAGUCACUCCUGAGGUUCACCCUUCAGUCAAAGAGCGGACAGGCCCAUAAAACAAAAUGAGACUAAAGGGGCACACCAGCUCUGUGGCAAGGACGAGAAGGCAGAAGGGGACAGGAAAGCUGGUAAUAGGGAACCCAAGAUUGAGAAGGGAGAGUGUUGACUUGUCAUGGGGUUGUUAACUAAUGUCAUAAAACACUAUGUAUACUAAAUGUUCAAUGAGAAACUAGUUCUGUAAACCUUAAUCUGAAGUACAAUAAAAAAAGGAAAAAAAAAAAAAAAACCACAUCUGGACCAAUAAGCCAACA